AUGAGCCGGCUCCGAGCAUUUUCUUCGCCGGAUUUAGUCCCCUCAGAUUCUGGAUCUAUUAUAUCACCAACAAGAACAACAGAGCAUAAUUCUCAUGAAGAUUCUGGUUUAGAAGGCAUCACGACGAACGUGAAGCUAUUGCUGAAACUCGUUCAAGAUCACAACGAAGCAACCUCGAAGCAACGCGAUGAAUGGAAGGCGCAGAGAGUCAACACGAUGAUGACGAUUCUCGACGAUUUAAAGACAAGAAUCCAGAAAGCUCAACAACAAUCAUCAUCAGGGAAAAAAGAGCUUAGACGAUGCAACACAGAUCUGAAACCGAGACAUGAUCCGAGCAAGAAUCCCAUAAAGCCUCCACAGAGCGAUCCUGAUGAUAUGCAGAAGCUGCGAAGAGAGCUAAGCGCGAGUAUGGCUGCAAGAAAGAGUCUUCAAAUGAUGUGUUCAAGUUUAGGGAAGGAGAAAGAGAUAAUGGCUAUAGAGCUUUCGAGGAAAGCUCACGAAUUGACCGGAAUGGAGGAGCUUAUAAGUGAUCUCAGGGCUCAAAAUGAGAAAUUGCUCAAGAAAGUGCAGAAUUGCGCAGUAGAACACAAUAAGGAGAAGAAAGGAGAUGGUGAUGGCCAUGGAGGCAAAGAUGUGUCUCUUCAGGGAAGAAACAAAGAGUUGUCUGAACAGCUUCUCAAGUCUAUUGACGGAUACCGAUCUCUGAAAAGGAGAUACAAAGAUGUUCAAGAGGAAAAUGGUUCGAUGAGACAAGUGCUUAGAGAUUCUGCAGAAGAAGUGAAUGUUGGGACUCAGAGACUAACUGAAUUGCAUGAGAAGAUCGCAAGAGAAAAUGCAGUCAAUCUUGAGAAUGAAAUUUCAUAUUUAGAGAAGUUGUUUCAAGGGCUUGGUUUAAAGAUUUCGAACCAUUCCCAUAAAAAGUAA